UUGAGAACUGGCCCAAGGCAUGCAAAUUAAGCAGCUGAUUAGGGCCCCCCUCCACCAGGGGGCCCCCAAGAGCACCAAGCUCUAUGUAUGCAUAACUAAAUGCUUUUACACAAGAAAAACUAUUUUUAUAUUAUUUUUAAUGUUGUUACACAAAUAAUGGGUCAAUAUCUCCCUGCUGUUGGCUGCUGCCACUGCUGGGGAAAUAUAACAUAUCAAACUUGUUUUCUGUACAUUUAGUGUUUAUCAGGUGAGGUUCUGUUAAAAUUAGACGGCACACUUAGAUAACUCGCUGCAUUUUUAAAUCCAAUUUAUUUCAUAUUUUCUACUCCUCUAAAGUCAUCAUAACACUUAAUGUAAGCUAAUUACAAAUGUCGCUAAUGAUAACAGGCAUGUUACACACAUAGAGUAAUCUAUAGGAACUAUGAAUAAUCUGGGGUUGAUAUGUUGGUUUUGGGGACCCCAAAUGAAAAUCUACUCCGGGCCCCAAAAAGACUUGGGCCGGCCCUGGUGGUGUUAGAAAAAGAAAACGAGUUUUUGUUUGGGAAAUAAAAUCUAAAAGUGUUUUAAUUGGGACUAAAUCAGACUCUAAAUGAACCUCUACCUACCCGCCCCGCUGGGGCUUUUCCCCCCGGAUAUUUUCUGCACAGAUUAAUGUCGCAGAGAUUAAAGCAGCUCUGAUUUCUUCUCUUAAUCCAUCUGCUUCCAUCCCCGCUGCGUCGCCGCAAUCCAGCCUCAGUCUCUGAGACCGAGUGUGUCAUCAGGGGUGUGGACGCUGCAGAGAGGCGUGGGCCGCGUCACAUCUCCGCCAUAAAGAGCCCGCUUCACCUGCAGCAGCAGCAGCAGCAGCAGCGGCACUCAGGUCGACCCGGUUCGCGGUCUGUUUCGCUUCCAUCGCCAAGAUCCCCUGUGAUUGGCUGAGCGCUCUCCCUUUAGCCAACCCCUCCGCCCCUCCACUUGCAGACGCGCAGGGACUCUUCGCUGACUCUUGUUUCCUUCCUGCGCUCUGAGUCUGGGAGCACGUCCCCGGGGCUGAAUCGCAGAAGCAGAGAGCAGACGGAGCCGCGCACCAUGGCAGCUACGCACAGCAGCGAGUACCGGGCUUACCUGCGGAACGCCAUGGACAUCGAGGCCGGGCAGCAGCGCUUCCCGCCGGUGCCGAGCUCGGAGCCGACCUACCGAUCGCUGUUCAUCGGGACCCUGGCUGUUAUGGGAAUACUUCAGGUGGCCUCCAGCGUCGCGAUCUUAUUGCACCUGACCGGUUACCUGCACGAGGUGGACCUGUCACCGUCUUCCCGUCCUUCCCUGGAGAUGGAGAGUGAACCAGUGGUGCAUGCCCUGAAAGACCCGAGAAAAAAAGGCAGGUGCAAACUUCCCAAAGACGCCACAACUCCGUCCGCCCAUCUACCAAUCAGAGCACCUCAGGAGUUCACUAAGAAGGACUACAGCAUGAUUAACAUCAAGUGGGACGAUCAGCACGGAAACCUCCACAAAAUGAGCUACGACGACGGAAACCUGCUGGUGAGGGAAUCGGGCCUCUACUACGUCUACGUGAAAACCUGCUUCCGCUACUACAACAUCGGCGGUCCAGACGAGGGCCGUGAGGCCAGGACGCGUCCUCCGGACGUGAGCAAGGCCCAGCUCAUCCAGUACGUCUACCAUAAGAGCAUCAAACAGAACAGCAGGAAGGUGUUGCUGAUGAAGACGGGAAGCACCAAGCAGUGGAACAACACGAGUUACAACAUGUACUGCGCCCAGCAGAGCCGAGUGGUCAACCUGGUGGAGGGAGACGCCUUGUUUGUCGAAGUAUCCAACGCUUGGCUGCUGGACCAGGAGGCGGAAGGGACGUAUUUUGGGGCUGUAAAGUGGGGUAACUGAAACUUUGUCACCGGCGGAGCAAAAUGCUACUGAACAUUUUUCUAACCGAUGGAACCACUUUUAGGGGAUUAGUGAUGUUGAAUUGUCGAACCAGUUUGGUUUAUGUUUUACGCCACCACGUGUGUUUGGUUGUACGCCACAUUGCCUUUCAUCCAACAGCCCUGGAGACUUUCAUCAGGUGAACUAAAAGAGAAAGAAAG